GCAAAUCGCAAGGCCCACCCAGUGCCCAGAGGGGUUUUAGAGGGGUUUAUUCUUUCAGACCCUCCUUUCUUUCCUCCGCUCCUUAUAUAUUGGGCACAUCUUUUCCUCCCCGCUUCUCUCAUCUCUCAUCACUUGCUUCCCACAUUCUACCCCUCUCCAACGUCGCCCACUCUCGUUUUAUCGCGACAAUCUCACUUUUUCAGUCCUUUUUUUUGAAAUCAUGCGUGAAAUCGUUCACCUUCAGACUGGACAGUGCGGUAACCAGAUCGGUGCCAAGUUCUGGGAGGUCAUCUCCGAUGAGCACGGCAUUGACCCCACCGGUACAUACCACGGUGAUUCUGACCUCCAGCUGGAGCGUAUCAACGUGUACUACAAUGAGGCCACUGGAGGCAAGUACGUGCCUCGUGCGGUCCUUGUCGACCUUGAGCCCGGAACAAUGGAUUCUGUCCGCGCUGGUCCAUUUGGUCAACUUUUCCGCCCCGACAACUUUGUCUUUGGACAAUCUGGUGCGGGUAACAACUGGGCAAAAGGUCACUACACAGAAGGUGCCGAACUGGUAGACUCUGUUCUCGAUGUCGUCCGAAAGGAGGCAGAAUCUUGUGAUUGCCUCCAAGGUUUCCAAAUCACCCACUCGUUGGGUGGUGGAACCGGUGCUGGAAUGGGUACUUUGCUCAUUUCCAAGAUUCGUGAGGAAUACCCUGACCGUAUGAUGUGCACAUUCUCUGUGGUGCCCUCACCCAAGGUCUCGGACACUGUCGUCGAACCCUACAACGCCACCCUAUCAGUCCACCAGCUUGUCGAGAACUCUGACGAAACCUUUUGCAUUGACAACGAAGCUCUUUAUGAUAUUUGCUUCCGUACACUCAAGCUUACCACUCCGACUUACGGUGAUUUGAACCACUUGGUCUCUGCGGUGAUGAGUGGUAUCACCACCUGCUUGCGAUUCCCCGGUCAGCUGAAUGCUGAUCUUCGCAAGCUCGCUGUCAACAUGGUUCCCUUCCCUCGUCUGCACUUUUUCAUGGUCGGCUUUGCUCCUCUCACAUCCCGCGGCUCUCAGCAAUACCGUGCUCUCACUGUGCCUGAGCUUACGCAACAAAUGUUUGACGCCAAGAACAUGAUGGCCGCUUCUGACCCCCGCCAUGGUCGCUACCUCACUGUUGCAGCCAUGUUCCGUGGCCGUAUGUCGAUGAAAGAGGUUGACGAACAAAUGUUGAACGUCCAGAACAAAAACUCUAGCUACUUUGUGGAAUGGAUUCCCAACAAUGUCAAGACUGCUGUCUGUGACAUUCCACCCAAGGGCUUGAAGAUGUCCGUGACUUUUAUUGGCAACUCUACUGCUAUUCAGGAGCUGUUCAAGCGUAUCUCUGACCAGUUCACGGCCAUGUUCCGCCGAAAAGCUUUCCUUCACUGGUAUACUGGUGAGGGUAUGGAUGAGAUGGAGUUUACUGAGGCCGAGUCGAACAUGAACGACUUGGUAUCUGAAUACCAGCAAUACCAAGAUGCAACCGCCGAAGAAGAGGGCGAGUUUGAAGAGGAGGAGGGUGAAGCGGAAGCUGAAGCGUAAAACGAUGCAGUAUGCAUCAUUUAUCUUUAAUUUCGCUUGUUUUUGUUUUUGAACCCCUUUAUUAGAAUUUGUCGUUUUUAAACGAUUUGCCCUUGUUUUGUUUUUUUUUUGCUGACGGGCAGGGCUCGUCCGCGUGUGGUUUGUGUGUUUUUUUUGUCGUCAUGUUGAAAUACGAGAAUGAUUGUCGGUCUACAAAUUAUGUCGACACAUGUGCCAAUGAUUUUCCAUGAACUGGAUGGUUCGAUGGAAGACAAACGGAGGCAUAAAAAAAAACAAAUGGACCCUAAUUUGCAAUG